AUGGUUGGCGGAGUUGCAAAGCUGAAUGGAGCAGCUGCGAGCAGACCUCCAACAGACCCUCCACCAAAGAAGAGCUACACCCAAGACUCCGAGCAUGAAUCCGCUGGCGAUAAGAAGGAGCACAUCGUUCUGCAUCGUAUCCGCCAACGCAGCAGAUUCUUUUGGACGCCAAAUCGCACGAUCGAAAACCUCUAUCUCGACCUUCGCUCACCAUCGCAAGCCUUUCAUCGAUCUACUGCCCUCAACACUAAAUACUUCAACUUCUCCGUCGUCAAACGCGGCCAGCUCAACAUGCCCCAUCUCCAGCCUUGCGAAGUAGACUGGCACGAGCGAAACUUCGAGAUCCUUCCGAGAAAACUGCUCUAUCAAGAAGCUCAAGUUUGGCCUAAACCUCCUCGGCGUCACAGGAAGCUGAGCCAAUACUAUCGCGGGUAUCUUACUUCGUCGAUCAAUGCCAAGAAGAAGUUCCAGAAGGGCAAAAUGCAGCGUCUGGUGGAGGAAGCCGACGAUCUGUUGGAGGAUGAGGCAGAGUGGAGCCGGAAACGGAAGCGAGUCAAACGCCUGUGGGGAGACUACGGUGAUGACGAUGAGGAUUCCGAGAGUGAUGAGGAGGACUCCGAGAGUGAUGAGGACUUCGAGAGUGACGAUGACGACGAUCGAGACAGCACUGGCCAAUCCGCGAGGACCUCAUGUCCCUGUCUUGGCGAGGACGACUGUCACGGGGUUGCGGCGCAAAUCGCUGAUGUGAUGGACACGGUGAGUGAAUGGGCGAACGAUGCGGCCGCCUCGAAGGAGACCGAUUCCAUCUGUUCCAUCACUUGCCAUCCUCUCUUCCCACACACGCCAUACCACCCACGGCUUUGUCACCACAGCAAAACCACCACUAGCAAACGAAGCACGUUCAAGACGUCCAUCGAGACUCAUCACAACAACUUCAUCAACGACGAGAUGCGCCUCAAGCACGAUCUCGAAGAUCCAACCGCCUCUCCUCGCCCCACGAAGCGCGAGUCGAAGUCGCCCGAAUCGUCCGGCAUCGUGACUCCGGCAUCAUCGACUUCUGCAUCAUCGUCCGACUCCAUGCCAGCUCUGCUUUCCGCGGGCGCAGAGCAGGACCCAGACUUCGCCUCUGGCGCAUCCGAAGAUGCAUUCGACGAUACAUCAGAGGAGGCCCUCGAGGCUAACUUCAACUCGCUAGCGAGCGAGGGUGUACACUCAGACAUCACAUCGGGUUCAAAAAUCGGGCAGCCUGGCGACAUGGGCGCUUUCCUUGACAGGAUGUUGGGCUUCCAAAGCGGCAGACAUAUCGAGGAGAAUGCUCCACCGAACCGCCAUCAGUUCUCUGCUCGCUUCACCUCCGUCGAAGACGACGCUGUGCACUCGGAUGAUGCAUCGGUGCUGAACGUCGACGGAGAUUUUGACAUGGACGCCUUCAUGAAUGACGUGGCCAGACACAGCGAUGGCACAGCGAUUCAGGAGGACGGCACGACCCAGCCACCGCCGGACUUGGGGAUUGACCCGCAAUUGCUCUCCACAACACAAUUCCCACAUCAUCAGCCAGCAGCAUCGUACACAGCGGCGAAGAUGCAGUCACAAGCGGUGGUGGACGACAUGAUGAUGCUCGAGCAGCCUCAUAUUGAUGUGCAGCCAGCGGAGUUCGAUGAGCAGCUAGCAAUCGACAACGCACAUCACGAGGGUGACAAGCAACAGGCGGCAGAAAAUGCACCUCGUGGCACCAAAGCUGCUGCGUCCACAAAGCUGGAGCACCCAUCACUAGACGCGGCACCGAUACCGUUUCAGCCUACAGUCUACAUUCUCUCCCAUCUGCCUCGCUCUCUACCCGAGGACCGCCAACAUCUGGACGACUUCUUCCACUCCUCGACCAUCGUAGUCCCACACGCGGACGUGCAUCGAACCCUCGAGAGCCUAGGCGGCGUUCACGAUAUCCGCUUCGGAAGUGUUCGCUUUGAUGUGGGAACUGCGUUUCGCUCGCUUGCCCGGGUCUACAUCACCUUCGUUCGUCCGGGAGAACCAUACCAGGGUACGGGACAAAUUGUUCCGCUGGGUGACGGCUCGUCGGGUUUGGUUGAUAUCUUUGCCGAGGUUGUGCAUGGUCACUGGAAGAUUGCGAAGCUGAAUGAACUGGUCGUGGACUGGAUGGCCGAGAAUAUGACUGAGUGGCCGUCUCCGGAGGGAUUGAAUCUGGAGGAUGUUGAGGCGGUGGCGUCACUGUUUGUGAACCGCCCGGGAGCGUCGUGGAAGAGAUGA